AUGUCUCUUCCACCAUUCUCAACAGAAUUUGAUAUCAUUUUUGCUGGAGGUGGUACUACAGCUUGUGUUGCCGCAGGUCGCCUAGCUGCAUGUGAUCCCUCGCUCAAGAUCUUAAUCCUAGAAGCGGGUGAACACACCCUCGAUAAAGUUGCCUAUGUUCAACCUUGGCAAUAUUUCAUCCAUCUGGCGCCGACGAGUACCUCAGUCACAUUUAACAUUGGAAAUCCCUCCCCGCGUCUCAACGGCCGUGCACCGGUCGUUCCAAGCGGUCAUUGUGUUGGUGGAGGUUCAAGUUUGCGGCAUACACUCGUGCGCCCCGCCUCAGAUUUCGAUGAUUGGGGAGUCGAUGGUUGGGAAUCUGAGAAUUUAAUCCCCCUCAUGAAGAAGAUUGAGACAUACGAGGUGCAGCCCGAUCGUCCGACUCAUGGGUACGAUGGACCUAUCAAGGUGUCCUCUGGUGGGUGUAAAAUGGGUCUCUGCGACGAGUUCAUCCAAGUUGGCACGACAUAUCACAAGAGGCCAUAUUCCGACGACACCAACGAUUUAGAAACAUGCAAUACAUAUAGUCCAUGGCGGAAGUACAUUGACUCAACAACCGGAAGGCGUUCGGACGCAGCCCACCACUAUGUCUACAACCAAGCUCACAACCCCAAUUUACAACUCUGGGCCGGCAAGCGAGUGAAGCGCGUCAUCUUUGAGGACAAGCGUGCCGUAGGUGUUGAGUUCACCAGCGACCCAGUGUCUUCCCCAGACGCGGACCAGUCGUCGAGCACCGUGAGAGCAACAAAACUUGUUGUUGUCUCUGCUGGGACGUUCGGUUCCCCGGGCGUUCUCGAGAGGUCUGGCAUCGGUGCCGAGGCGGUCCUCAAGCGGUGCGGAAUCGAGAAAUUAGUGAAUUUGCCUGGUGUUGGGGAAAAUUACCAAGAUCACAAUGCCGCCUUUGUUCCAUACUAUGCUGCUGACGGUGUAGUUACUAUGGACGCCCUCUGGCGUGGGGAGGAAAGCGCUGUACGGGGUAAGCGUGUACUUGCUACGUUCCCAGCAUAUCUCAAUUACCCAAAUGUAGAAAGCCUUGCGCAAUGGAACAGCAAUGGCAAGUCACUGAUUGCACAAAAUGGCGGCGAUGCAAAAAUAAAGUGGCGUCCUGAUGACGAGGAGCUGAAAACCAUGGGUUCGGUAUUUCAAUCCCGAUGGAAGGAGUUCUUCCAGGACCGCCCUGAUAAGGCUGUCGCAAUAUUCGCCAUCUUUGCAGGAUACUUGGGGCCACUUUUGGGUGUCCUUCCCCCUGGCAAUUACAUGAAUGCCAGCUAUUUUACGCUUUACCCCGCCUCUGCUGGAAGUGUUCAUUUUAAAUUAGAAGAGAACGGCAAGGAUGGAAUGGACUUUACAACAGGCUACCUAGACGAUCCAUCAGAUAUCGCGCCUCUUAAUUUUGCUUACAAAAAGAUGCGCGAGAUCUAUCGGCGCAUGCCUUCCUACCGAGGUGAAAUUCCUGCUGGCCAUCCUAAUUUCCCAGAGGGAAGCGCUGCACUCUGCGGGAAAGUCUCCGGGCCAGUGGAUAUGAAUGCGCCUGACAUCAUCUACACUGCCAAAGAUGACGAGGCGAUUGAUAAAUUCCACCGUGACAAUGUGCAAACGACUUGGCACUCCCUUGGGACUUGCGCCAUGAAGCCAGAGGCAGAUGGAGGAGUCGUCGACGCUCGGCUAAACGUAUACGGCGUGUCGAACCUCAAGGUUGCAGAUAUGUCUAUCGUGCCGUUGAAUGUUGGCACUAACACAUAUUCAACGGCGCUCCUCAUUGGAGAGAAGGCUGCGAUGAUAAUUGCUCAAGACUUGGGCAUUGAUUGCAAACCAUGA